AUGACGAAGUGGACAAAUAAGGGUAUGAAUAACAAUCUAAGGAUCAAGAAAAGUUCAAAUGACAGAAGAGAAGCAUAUAAUUAUGAGAAUCAGCCAAUAGAUGAAUAUGCAAAUAUGUCACUGCAAGAAUAUGAGAGCAGAAUAGCUAAGCUAUGUAAAUUAUAUCAACGGAUAGAAUGUUAUGAAAGGAAUUUGCAUGGUAUUUGUGAAGAUGGGGUACAAAGAUUAAUGAGACUCUAA